AUGGACUUGUUCAGUGAUAUCGGGGGACCACCCCGUAAGAAAAUGCGCAAAGGCACCAAGAGCUGCUCCGAAUGCCGACGUCGCAAAAUUCGCUGCACUUACGAUAAUGAUCGCCGCGAUACUUGUAGUGAAUGUCGUCUACGCGGCUCAAAAUGUCUUGACCAGGAAAAUGGCCCCGAUGACCCUAGUGCCUCAUCAAACUCCGCGGCAACGGAAAGAUAUAGCCUACGGGAAAGAGUCGCCCACUUGGAAACUGUGGUGCAGAGCUUGGCACACAAGCUGGAUCAAACCAAUGCACUAAUAUCGAAAUCUGGUCAAAUCCCCACAACUAACGCCGGAUCCAUAACGCCAACAUCUCCGGGACCAGAUAGACUCGGUCCUUCGAGUGAAAGGAUUGAAAAUGCGCCUAUCAUGCAACUUUUCGACAAUUAUUUUGUCAAGCGCCGCGAUGAUCCAUCGACCAAUGACCAAUUCACGGGUGCGAAAGAUAUGUCACCCAAGGCACGUGCAGUCCGAGCUGAAUUGAUUUCACUAUUCCCUCCCGACAAAGAUAUCGAUAUUAUUUUGACGCAUUGCUCUCAUAUAUGGUUUAUAUGGGAGGCGGACAUUCCUGGGCUACAAAAGUCUUUCGCUGAAAGGAAAGCUGGCGAUGAGUAUUCCGCAGCACCAGCUGAUAUCGCCAAAGCCCUGGUUUGUAUUGCUCUAUGUGUUAUCCAGUCUCGACCGGAGUUUGAGUUUAGUUCAUUACAAGUGCCCAUCGAUCCGCAGGAAUAUGCUUCCCGAUGUGGCGAGGCAGUCGAGAGGCUGGUUGUCCGUGACGAUGACUUCGCCGCUACUCUUCCUGGAAUCGAGUGCCACAUGCUGCUUUCCAAAUUCCACAUGAAUGAAGGCCGCUUACGAAAAUCGUGGUUGAUUAAUCGACGGGCUAUUGAGCUGGCACACCUGGCUGGCAUGCAUCUAUCCACCCGGGCUCCACAGCCGGGAGAUGCGCUAUUCGAAAGACGGCUCAAGCUCUGGUGCUCGUUAGCUGUCUCAGAUCGAUCUAUCAGUCUCGUCCUUGGUCUUCCUUAUGUUAUUGCCGAUGCAUAUUUUCUACCACAAGUGGAGCGACGCUUAAAAUUGGCUGAAUCUACUACCGAGCAGUACAUGUUGCGCAUCGGUGUCAUCACUGGUCACAUCAUCGAUCGAAAUCAAAGUCCAGGGGAAAUGUGUCUUGAAAAUACUUUAAAACUAGACCGAGAGCUUAUGGAUGCCUGGAACUCAAUGCCCGAUAGCUCCCUUGGUUCAGAGCCUGGGCCAAAUGAAACAAGAGAACACUAUCUGGAACGGAUCCCAAUGCAGUUCAUGCCCAAGGUUCUACGGUCUGUUCUUCACCUUCCAUUCAUGUUGAAAUACCCACCCAAUCCUCGAUUCAACUUUUGUCAUCGCAUGGCGAUUCAAUCGGCUCGGGAAUCCCUUGUUUUAUACAAAAUCCUUCGGUCGUCAACGCGGUCAUACUUGUGCAAGACGAUUGAUUUCAUGGCUUUUACCAUGGCAAUGCUGCUGAUUUUGCACUUGCAUGGCUAUUCUGAAGAUUCGCCAGAUCAUAAUCGGGAAGAAGAUGAGCGAGACUGGGAAUUAAUUGGAGGAAUUGUUGACAUUCUCCACCAAGCUGCAGGUGAAAGUGGUGGCUCCGUCGCGGCCGAAUCAGCCCAUAUCCUCGGUGAGAUCUACAGGACUCGAUCUGACAAGAAGGAUUGGAACCUAGCUGCCAGCUGCAAAAUCACGGUGCCUUAUUUUGGCACGAUAACCGUCGGUGCUGGUGCGAAAUUAGCUGGUCCUAGGAACAAGGGCCACAUCAGAGCACCAAGUCAACCUGUUCCUACCACUUCGCCAUCCCAUGAGAGUCCAAAUCAACUGUAUACUCCGCCUCUGUCGAACCCAUACACUGCUCUGAGUGAUGCCACCAAUGGUCACACUCCGGUCUUUGAGAAUGGAGGUGCAGGUCAUUCAAUUCAUACUCUUCCUUCCGGGGACGGGGUAAAUAUGGUUUCUUCAAGCUUUACCGGUCUGGAGGCCACUACCUUUAGUGGCUUAUUUGACGAUAUUGGACAAUAUCCAUGGCCUGACCUGAAUCUCGAUCUCGGGCUUGACCAGGGCUGGAACUUGAACUGGUUUGAGAAU